UCCACAGUGGUCCCAGCUUAUCCGCCCAACCUGUCCCAGCAGCACUGGUGGGGAUGGUGUCCAAGGGACCAGUCACCACAUUCCUCUGUCUUCUCCUUGGUGCUUUCACAAGAGGGGCCAGCACCCAGCAGGCUUUCACAGUGGAGCCAAAUAACAUCACAGUCCUGGAAGGGGCCGUGGCUAUCUUGCAGUGCGUGGUGGACAAUCCCUCAGGCGUGGUCCAGUGGGUGAAGGAUGGGUUGCUGCUAGGACCAGACACAAACAUCCCCAGCUUCCCCCGCUACAGUAUGACGGGAGACCCCAGCAAAGGGGAGCACCACCUGCGGAUCGUGGACAGCCGGCUGGCAGACGACGGGGACUAUGAGUGCCAGGCGGGGCGCUCCAAGGAGAGCCCAGGCAUCGUGUCGCACACGGCACUGCUCAGUGUGCUGGUGCCCCCCAAGACACCUGUCUUCAAGGAGUACGAGGCCAACAGCACCGUGACCUGGGUGGCCGGCGUGGAGUACAUGGUGACCUGCAGCGCCGGGGACGCCAAGCCGGCUGCGGAGAUUUCCUUCAGCAAGGGUGGCAGCCCCCUCCCCGACGUGUCACACCAGGUGCACUCCGGGUCCAGCGAGAAGCUCUCCAGCACCAUCGCCAUGCUCAGGGUCACCCCACAGAGCUUGGACAACGGGAAGCGUCUGGUCUGUGCAGCCACAAAUGAGGCCGUCUCGGCCGCUGUGGUGGCUGGCUUCACCAUGAACAUCUUGUUCCCACCUCAGCCACCCACCAUUGAAGGAUACAAACGCCCCGAAAUCAAAGCUGGAGAGACCCUGAAACUCAUCUGCAUCUCGCUGAGCGGGAACCCACUGGCCACGCUGCAAUGGCUAAAAAACGGGAACGUGGUUUCCACCAGCUGGGAGACGGAGGAUGCCAGCGGCGCCUCCCGCAGCCUCCUGACCCUCAGCAUCAAACCCGAGGACAACGGGGCUCAGCUGCGCUGCGAAGCCAUGAACCAGGUGUCGCCCCUGCCCCUGGUGGCCAGCGUCACCCUGCGUGUGGUCUUUCUCCCCACAGAGGUUUCCAUCCUGGGCUCCAGCAGUACCCCGGAGAACAAGCAGAUCUCGCUGUCCUGCUCCACCACUCCCAGCAACCCCCCGGUGCAGCUGCGCUGGUGGCUGGGCUGGCGGGAGCUCACCACCACCGAGGUCACCGUCACCAAGGCAGCGCACGGCGGGACAGUGACCGUCUCCAACCUGACACACAUGGCCCGGCGCGAAGAGAACGGGCUGCCCCUCACCUGCGAGGCCUUCAACGAGGUUGUGCUCUUCACCCGCAGCACCAGCCUGCCCCUCAGCGUGAAGUACCCACCCCAGAAGGUUUGGAUUGAGGCCCCGCACCCUGACAGCCGAUUCCGGGCUGGCACUAAGGUCAGGCUGACCUGCUUUGCCAGUGGGGGGAACCCGGCCCCCCGCCUCGUCUGGAUCAAGGACACCAAGUCCCUCAAGGAGGGGACCCAGGUGGCCUCCGGCAAGAUCGUCUCCAAAGAGCUGAUCCUGACCACUAGCCCCAGCGACAACCUGGCCAUCUACCGCUGCAACGCCUCCAACGACGGCAAGAGCCCGGCGCUCACGGCCCAGACCCGCCUCCGCAUCCAGUAUGCCCCCUCCAUCCGCAGCCUGGGGGACCCCGUCUAUGUGGACCUGGGCGCCACGGCUGAGCUUGUAUGCGUAGCCAAUGCCAACCCCAUCCUUGCGGGCAUGUUCCAGUGGACGUGGUUGGGGGCAGAGGAGCGCAGCCUGGAAGAGCUGGAGCUGGAGCCGGAGGCCUCGGGGGCUGUGGGGCGGCUGCGGAUCCGGGGGGCCCGGCAGGCACAGGCCGGGCUCUAUGAGUGCCGCGUGGACAACGGGCUGCCCCCCCCAGCCCGGGGCAGCGCCCGCCUCAUCGUGCGCUUCAAGCCAGAGAUCGAGAAGGGCAUGGGGCUGGGGAAGGUGGCCAUGCCCGGGGACGGGAGCUCACCCGCCAUCCUGCUGUGCCGUGCCCAGGGGGUCCCCAGUGUGCAGUUCAGUUGGGCCAAGAAUGGAGCGGCCCUGCACCCUGACAACCCCAGGUACACGGAGCGCACAUGGCACGAGGGCACCUGGCACAGCAGCACCCUGACCAUCGCCAAUGUCAGUGCCAUGCACGACUACGCCACCUUCACCUGCCGCGCCAGCAACGCACUGGGCACGGACAAACUGGACAUCCAGCUACUCAGCACCAGCCCCCCUGACCCUCCCACGGGGUUAAAGGUCGUGAGCGUCACCCAUAAUUCAGCCACCCUGGAGUGGAUCCCCGGAUUUGAUGGGGGGCUGCCCCAGAGAUUCCUCAUCAGGUACCGCUGGCCAGGCGCCCCCAGUGCCCUGUACAUGGACGUCUUCCCCGCCCAGACCUCCGCGUUCACCCUGACGGGGCUGAGCCCGGCCACCCCCUACAGUAUUGGUGUCAGCGCCCACAACACCCUGGGGGAGAGCGCCCAGGGCCCCAGCGUCACCGUCACCACCGCAGAGCUGCCCUUAGAGGAGCUGCCAGUUGUGGAGCCUGAAGCGCCGAAAACAGAAGCCCCGUCAUUGCCCCCGGCCCUCAUUGGGGGGCUGAGCGCACUGGGGGCCCUGCUGCUACUCUCCAACGCUGCCCUCCUCGUCUGCCUGCUCAGACGGCGCCAGGCCUGGGCAGGUGUCCGGGAGGAGACCAAGGAGAGGUGAGUGUCAGGGGCAGGCAGUUCUGUGCAUCCUGUCGCACUAUGACACCCUAACACAGACAUACGACCCUCCCAGCUCCAACCACUGGGUUCUCUCCCCAGCUCUGGAAGGGGAGGGGGAUCUAGGCAUCCUGGCUCCCAGCCCUGCCCCACACCCAC